AAGUAAGCCAAAUUUCUCUAUUACAAGCUGAGACAGAGAGGGUUUGUUUAAUCUCAAUAACAAAGCAGGUUAGAAUAUAAGAGGGCAGAAGAGCUUUGUUGAAUAAAUUCUUUUUUCUCUGCCAUAUUUCUAACUCUGAAUAGUUAUUGAGAUUGAAGAUUUUCAGGCUUCUGUGUAUAUAAUAAUAAUUACAAAAAAAGUACAUAAAAAAUAUAACAAUAAUGGCAUUCACAGGAACAUUGGAUAAAUGCUCAGCUUGUGAUAAAACUGUUUAUUUUGUUGAUUUGUUGUCUGCGGAUGGUGUUACUUAUCAUAAAUCCUGCUUCAAAUGCAGCCACUGCAAAGGCACUCUUGUGAUGAGCAACUACUCUUCCAUGGAUGGAAUCCUCUAUUGCAAGACUCAUUUCGAACAGCUUUUUAAGGAAUCUGGAAAUUUUAGCAAGAAUUUUCAGAAUCCAGCUAAGUCUGAGAGGCAAAAUUCACUGACAAGGGCUCCAAGCAAACUCUCUGCUAUGUUCUCUGGAACCCAAGAUAAAUGUGCUGCUUGCGACAAAACUGUUUACCCACUUGAAAAGGUGACAAUGGAAGGGGAAUCAUUCCACAAGUCAUGCUUCAAGUGUGCACAUGGAGGGUGUCCACUUACCCACGCAACAUAUGCAUCCCUUGAUGGAAACCUCUAUUGCAAGCACCAUUUUGCUCAGCUCUUCAUGGAGAAAGGCAACUAUCAACAUGUCCUCAAAGCUGCUAAUAAUAAGAAGAAUAGUGCUGCAGUGACACCUGUAAAUGAUGACACUGAAGAUAGUGCUGUUGAAAAUGCAGCAGAAGAAGAGAAUAAUAAGGAGCCUGAAAAUGCAGAGGAACCACAAUAACAAUCAUAAUAUAAAAAGUGCCCUCUCUCCCCUAAUUAUACAUUUAAUUAAAUUUUAUCCCUUGGGUCAAUUGAUCCUUCUAUCUAUUUUGAUCCCUAAAAUGUUAAUAAGUUUUCCCAUAUGUUUAUACACAUCCAAGGCAACCCUCAUAUGUAAUUAAAUUUUAUUGUCUGGAUUUAAUAUUCCUUUGUUAAUAUAUACUAUACACAUUUUGUGCCAUGUUGUUUCAAAG